CUUCUCUCUCUCAGGAAGAGAGAAACUCGUUUCCUUUCCUCUCGUUUACCUCUGUGUCGCCUCUCUCUCUCUCUCUCUCUCUCUCUCUGCAUAGAAGAAGAUUACGUAGACGAGACUGCACACUCAAGAUUCAUUUUGAAUCACGCUUGAUCUCUCCACCCGAUCGACUCAAGUUUGGUAGCUGUUGGCUGAAAUGGAAGAAGAAGGGAAUGGAAGCUCCAGGAAACGCGCGAAACCAGCUGAUAAAGAGAAGAAGGGAGAUUCCAGAGACGGAACGACCAAAGAUACCACGGAGAAUGAAGAAACUGAGACAAAACUUCCUGCUUCUGAAGAGAUGGAACUUAAUAUCGCCCAAAUUCAUGACAAGAUUGAACGAUUUACUCGGAUGGUUUCUAACCUGCUAGAAUCAGGGAAGACGAUGUUCAAGGAACUCAGUGACGAAUUUGAAGAGCGGUUAGUCAUGAUACAUAAGGAAAAUGUGGAGAAAUGGCAGGAAGAGAUGAAGGAAUUGCGUCUGCUCGAUGCCUCCAAUGAGGAGGCCACCGCUGUUUUGCACAAUGCUCGUUUUCUGCUUCAGAACCCUUGCAUUGAUUCCUAAGUAACGCCUGAGCUCAAAAAUGAAGAAUGGAAUGAUUUCUUUGAGCAAGCUAACGUUGGAGUUGGGAAAGUUAUGAUUUGCACAGUACAAAACUUGAGAAUAUACAGGCUUCUUUCUAACUGAGGAGGUAUAUUCUUCAUUCAUUGCUUGACAUUUUUCAUAAUUCUGGGGAAGGAACUGAAGAGGAGAGGGCCACAAGCAAAUCUGAGUUUUGAGAUACCCACAUCACUAGAUUUCGAGGUAUGAAUAUCUGAACUAAAGCUCUUGAUCUUUAGAAUCUUAUCCAUGAAUCUAAUUAGAUUAUGACAUAUAUAAUACGAUAUGUUAUCCUCAUUUUAGUUUAAUUAACUGAAGUAUUUUUAGUUCAAAGUAAAUCCGAAAGUAAGAUCAUCUAAGUAAGAAAAAAAAUACAUUUUUUAAAAUUCAUUACGAAAGUAAAUGUGUUCAAUAAAUGUAUCUUAGGCCUGUUAAUGCUGUGUGUGUGUGUAUAGAUGUGGACAUCCAUGCAGGGGGUAAUAAGAUGGUCAUGAUGGUAUGCCUUUUACAAGAUCUUCUUUUUGUCGAAACCGUCUACGUUUAUAAGCAUAGAUAUGUAGGCGUAUCCGCCAAGUGCUUUGCU